AUGUUCCAUUUCUUUUACAAUUCAUUUUUAACUUUUAAUUUUCAGGAAAUUGAUACAAGUGAAUUGCCUUCAAAAAAAUUUUAUGGAAUAUUAAAUAGUAAAUCUAUUAAUUUAAGUGGUAUGGGUGAAUUUUGUAUAUUAUAUAAGGGUACAUUGAAUUACAAUAAUGAAUAUAUUAAUCUUUGUUCAAAGUUUGUUAAUUAUAUAAAGAAAAAAGAUGAUAUAUGGAGAAAGUCAAGCAUCCUAGGAGAUCACUGUAAUCUUUUUUCUUAUUGGUUAUAUGAAAAAUUAUUAUCAAUGUUAAAGCAAGACACAAAUACAGCUUAUAAUAUUUUCGAUAAAAUUCAGGAUAUAAGUUAUCGUGCUAUGGUUUUACAAAGUAAAUUUAAUUUUGGAAAAUGUGACCUUGAUCGUAAUGAUCGUAUGAAGGACGAAUUCGAAAAGAGAAAACAAUUUUAUGAUUAUUGCAUAGACUAUAAUACAAUUAUGAAAAUGUAUGAAUCUGAUAAAGUUAAUUGUGAAAAAUAUUAUAAUUAUAUUAAAGAAAAAAUAGAUGUAUAUAAACAUUUUAAAAAACUUUGUCCAUAUCUUAGCUCACAUAACUGUCCAGAUAUUUAUGCAAAAUGUAUAAAUUUUGAUCCCGAGAAAGUGAUAAAAAAGCUUGACUGUUAUUCACAAAUCAAGAAGAGAAACAAGCCUUCAGGGUACGAAAAUGAAGAAAAAGAAGAAGAACAAGAAGAAGAACAAGACGAAGAACGAAAAGUAGAACAAGAAGAAAAAAAAGAGGAAAAAAGUGGUUUACCUGAACAGAGAGAAGAACAAGGUUUAACACUAAUUCAAGAAGAAUCGCUUGUAGAUGAACUAAAACAUUCUAAAGUGUUAACAUCUUAUACACCUGGAGAGUCAUAUGCAAUAUACGACAAUUACAGCCGAGAAAAAACGUUUGGUAAAUCUAUUUUGGGAGUAGUAAUGAUUACUAUGAUUUCUGGCAUUAUAUACAAAUUUACACCAUUAGGAAAGAGACUACAUCAUACCAUUGGAAGGUUAAAGAAUGCUAUAAUUAAUCAAAAGGGAGAUAAUAAUACUACUUUUUCUUAUACAUCAGAAUACGACUAUCCUUUAAAUGAGUAUCGAGAAGAGCAUUUUGUAGGAUAUAACACAUACUGA